AUGCUUGCCCCUGACUCAGCUUUGACAUUGGAGCAGGGCUGGCAAACCACAGAGGCAACGGGAAGCCUCCAGAACCUGAAGAAAUUUAACAACCAGGACUUCAACAGCCUGCGAACCUUGUGUCUGAGCCAAGGACUGCUUUUUGAGGAUGCCACCUUCCCCGCUCACAUCAGCUCCAUUGGUCCCAACCUGCUCCCACAGGAUAAGCUGUGGCAAAUACAAUGGAAGAGGCCAACUGAACUUCACAGAAAUCCUUAUUUGAUUGUGGAUGGAGCUAGCAGAUUUGAUAUCAUGCAAGGAGAAAUAGGUUGCUGCUGGAUGCUGGCUGCCCUGGGCUCUCUGACACAGCAGAAGCAUUUUUUGGAAAAUGUUUUACCAAAGGGCCAAGGAUUCCAGGACAAUUAUGCUGGGAUUUUUCAUUUCCGGUUCUGGCAAUAUGGAGUCUGGGUUGAUGUAGUGAUAGAUGACCAGCUGCCAUUCCUAAAUGGGAGAUACCUGUCUGUAUACCCUCGAACAUCAAAUGAAUUCUGGCCAUCCUUGCUGGAAAAAGCAUAUGCCAAGUUACGGGGCUCCUACCAGAACUUGCAUGGAGGCUACCUUUCUGAUGCUUUAGUAGACCUCACAGGUGGAGUCCAAGUGCAGUUUUCAUUGAAGGAUCCCCCUCCUGAUCUGGAGGAGAUACUGAAAGCGGCUGACAAAUCACGAAGUCUGAUGGGGUGUAGCACCUCAGGCCAGCUGCGGAGGAACAAAGAGCUGAGGAAUGGGAUUGUACAGGGUCAUGCCUACACUGUCACAGGAGCUGUGAAGAUACGCUACAAGAAUGGCUGGAAACAUAUUAUCAGGAUCUGGAAUCCAUGGGGCCAUGGGGAGUGGAAGGGGCCCUGGAGUGAUAACUCUCCUCAGUGGGACCAUGUUGAGCCUCGAUUCAGAGAAGCCCUGCUCAGAAAUAAGAAUGAUGGAGAAUUCUGGAUGUCCUGUGAAAACUUCAAGGAGCAGUUUUCAUGGCUGUGUAUAUGUAAUAGCACCCCAACGUUUCUGGACUUUGGAGAUCAGCACUGCACAACGUGGUCCGUGGACAGGCACAUCAACCUGUGGAGUCCAGUCCUUGCCACAGACAGGAACAAGUGUUCUCCAGUGCCAGAUUAUGACCCAAAAACCUACAAUGUAGUCAUUUCACUCAUGCAAAAACAUGCUGAGCAUAUGCAGGAUGCAAAAAACCUGACGAUUGGCUUUUUGAUCACCAUGCGGAACUCCGAAGUUCUGAAAAAAAUUUUUUCCCUGACUCGAGACGUGACCAAAUACUUUACCUUGAGCCCAGGAACUUAUGCUGUUGUUCCUGCUACAACAGACAACCAAGAAUUUGAAUUUCUCUUACGAAUUUUCAUGAAGAAUGAAGACUACAAUGAGAACUCAAACUACCCACCCAGCCCAUUGUUGCCAAUGGGCUCAGCUAUUAAUGCCUCGCAGCUGCAACAACUCCUUAAUGAAGUGAUCCUGCAAGAUGAAAUGACCAGCCUGGGAGGAAGAUUCAGCUUCGAUUCAUGCAGAGGCAUUUUAUCUCUGAAGGAUCUCAACUCGAAUGGACAACUCACACUGCAGCAGUUCAGGAGCCUCUGGCAAAGUCUCACUAAGUACAUGGACAUCUUCAGGAAGGAAGACAGAAAUCAUUCUGGAUUUCUUGAUGUGUCUGGACUGAAGAGUGCAAUACAGACAGCAGGCCUGGCCGCUAGCGAGCAGCUGCUGCUCCUGAUGGCCCUGCGGUACGGCGAUGCUGCCAGGAGAAUCGGCUUCUCUGACUUUGUGUACUGCAUGCUGCGCCUUGAAACCAUGACCUACAUCCUGUAA